AAAGAUAUUAAUUACUCUUUUUUCUCAGGUAUCCUUCAUCAAUGAUUAGGAUUAAGAGUUUUCACGUAUCAUAUUUUAAAAUUACAUAUUUAUAAAUAUAUAACUUGACGAAAUAAGUUCAUUCAGAAAGUUAUCAAUUCAAGAGAUUACUUCUGUAUUCCUAUCUUUACUUUCUUCGAUAUACAUUUUAAUAUUAAUUCGAUUAAAAAAAAUUUCUCGAUAAAUUGAAAAACACCAUUUAUAAUAGAAAAAUGUACAAACGAAUUAAUCUCAUAAAAUUUUCACUAAACUCUUAUCUAUUUCCUUUCCUUUUCCAAAUACUCUUACAUUUCCAAUUUAAAGAACGAAUCAUACAUCAUACUCCUCUUCAAAAAAAUCAAAGGACAAUUCCAACCAUCCACAAAAUCUUUUUCCAAAAUCAUCACGACCAAAUUACGCACAAAUUCAAGGAAGUUCAUCAAACAAUAUGUGAUCUUCAAUCUCUUUCAACGUCCAUUUCAACCGUUCCUCGAUCUACACACGGAUCAACCACCAUCCAUCCGCGUUGCAUCAGAACAUCAACAUCGGUGCCGAAGUAACCGAGCUUCGUUUAUUUCGUGCAAAUUCACGAAAACGGCGGAAACUGACGAAUUCUUUGGCCUGAUCAGCGCGCGUGAUCACGAAAAAGAUACGACUCGGGCCAAAGGUUCCGGCGGAUGAUGAUCCUCCAUCGUGAAUAGAAUUCCAGUGGAUCGUCGUCCGUGGUGGAUCGUGCGUGUCGCGAUCGUUUCUCCUCGCGUGAAGAAGAUAUAGGAAGGAAAAUCGGCCAUAAGGAGGCGGCAAGUGACGUGAAAGGGGCGAAGGAAGAGUCCUGUGGAGGAACCAUCCGGCGUUCGACCGCCGCCAUUUUUGAAGCAGAUUAAAUUUAGCCAUGGAGAAUGAAAGAAAUUCGGUAGCUACAACAUCCAGGAAAGAAGCAGAAGGAAUUACAGGAUGGAUAGAAUCCGUGAUUAUCACCGUGUCGCAGACUUCCAUAGGCCAGGCAUUGUUUAAAUUUAUCGACUCGUUUUUGUGGGUCGUGGAAAAAUCCACGCAAUGGAGCUUACCUGCUCAUGAAAUAGCGGCUGAGGAGAAUGGUAAAGUAUUUGGGAGAAUAGAGCUCGUGAGACCUUUGCCAUGGCUUUUCUUUCUGCCAGGAUUAGUGAUACUUCGAAUCAUCAGAUGUGGGCUCAACCUGGGUGCUUUUAUUUUAGGCUAUCCACAAAUCCGACCAAGUGGAAUGGUAAAAUUUGUGCAAAAAACUCGCAGACGAUUAAGAGCAAUAAAUGUAAAGGCAAUAAAAGCGAGGCGCAGAAUAACAUGUGCCAAGGACAAGAGGUUGACAAUGAUCGAGGCCAAGAAGGCUUUGAUCAGAUCCAUCAGAUUGACUCUGUCGACUUUGUCUUGUUUGGAUACGUCUAAAUCAUCCCCCUCGCCACCCCCGAUGAAAAUUCGUGUAGGUCAAAUGGAUUUCGACACGAUAGCAACACCAGAAGAGAAAUCGACCACGGAAUCUGUCGGUAGUCCUGUACUCCACGAAAUGAAACGCAAAUUCUCCCAGAUUUUAGAUGAUGAAAGUUCCGAUGGGUCGGAUAACGAGACACUUCGUACAAAACUCGAAAGAUUAGCAAUGGAGAACAGCACGGACGAUUCUGAUUUCAACAUUGCCGAUUGUUCGAUGGAGUCAAGCACAGGGAGCAGCGAGAACGACGUGGACAAGGAGAUAUCAUUUAACGAGACGACCGAGAUCCAGAGGGAAGCUUGCAAAUUCUUGAAGGAUGAUACAUACCAGCUAAUGUCUCUGAAAUUGCAGAUAGCGAAAUCGAUGAAGGACAAGGAAACGAAGGAUGGCGGGAAAUUCGAGGGCGUGGACAGUUCUGAAUCAGCGGUGGAAAAGGCGAGCAAUAUGAUCAAAGACUUCGUCAAUGGAGAAAUAAAUUCUGCGUUGCAACAAUCGUCCACAGUUUCAGAACCAAGCUCAGCCCCAGAAGAUAUCGAAGAGAAGAAAACUUCAAAAGAGACCUGUGACACUGCAACAGAAGCUUGCACCUUACAGAAAUCUGAUAGCUCUCCCUCAAAACAGAAUUUCUCGGAAGUCUGCACAUCGCCGAAAUCUCGUAGCUCUCCCUUAAAAGGGAAUUCCUCGGAAUGUUGCGCGUCAGAAGUUUCCACGUCACCGAAAACUCGUAGCUCUCCCUCGAAAGAGAGUCCCUCGAAAACUCAAACUCAAACAGAGAUAAGCACGUUGCCGAAAUCUCGCAAUUCCCCUUCUAAACAGAGUUGUUCAGAAACACCAGAAGCAAUCACACUACCGAAAUCUCGUAAUUCCCCUUCGAAAGAAAGUUGUUCAGAAACAUCAGAAGCAAUCACACUACCGAAAUCUCGUGAUUCCCUUUCGAAAGAGAGUUGUUCAGAAACGUCAGAAGCAAUCAUACUAUCGGAAUCUCGUGAUUCUCCUUCGAAAGAGAGUUCAGAAACAUCAAAAGCAAUCACACUAUCGGAAUCUCGUGAUUCUCCUUCGAAAGAGAGUUCAGAAACGUCAGAAGCAACUAUAUUAGCGAAAUCUCGUGAUUCUCCUUCGAAAGAGAGUUCAGAAACAUCAAAAGCAAUCACAGUACCGAAAUCUCGUGAUUCUCCUUCGAAAGAGAGUUCAGAAACAUCAAAAGCAAUCACAGUACCGAAAUCUCGUGAUUCUCCUUCGAAAGAGAGUUCAGAAACGUCAGAAGCAACUACAUUACCGAAAUCUCGUGAUUCUCCUUCGAAAGAGAGUUCAGAAACGUCAGAAGCAACUACAUUACCGAAAUCUCGUGAUUCUUCUUCGAAAAAGAGUUGUUCAGAAACGUCAGAAGCAAGCACAUUACCGAAAUCUCGUGAUUCUCCUUUGAAAAAGAAUUCCUCGGACACGCGCGCAUCAGAAACUUCUUCCGCGUUAUCGACACGUAGGUCCCCUUCAAAAGAGAAUUAUUCGGGCGGUCAAGGGAAAUCUUAUUACAAGUCGAAAAAAUAUGGCCGCAAUAAAUCUACAUGGACCGAACAGUGAACAUAGAGAAGAACAUGGAGACGCUGUUCCCUCUUAAAAGUUCCUUCACUGUGAUUUUCUUAAUAAUAUACUUAAGCCACGAGAUGUUCGUGGCUUAUUUUUAUUAUUUAUUCGAUUAACAAUUGAAAUUAAAAAAGAAGUAGAAAGUAUCGCGAAAUCGUUCCAUCGCGAUGAUCGAUUAUUUGUACUAUAAAGAAGACGAAGAAUUUUUUCUCGAUAAAUAUCAAAAAACUUUUCUAAUCUCCGGUUUUCAUCGAAGUAAGUUCGUUGUAAUUUCGUUGUCCGUUUUGUUUUUUUACUGAAUAAUUGUAAUGAAACAAGCUGAAUAAAUAACAUAUUUGUUUUACAAAAAAGGAAAAAAAAUAAAAAGAAAAACGUUAUGCAGCAACUUCCAAAUACACGUAUUCCAAACAUGCUCGAAAUAAUAAUACAACAAUACAUACGUAAAUAAAAAUUUCAUUAAAUCCAAACGAAAGAAA